AUUUUUAGGGUGGUGCGGUCGCGGUAAUUCUUAAAAAUUUAGAGUCCGUGAACCAGCAGCUUUAGUUCUAAUCGUGCUUAGUUUUGUUUAUCAGAACCGAUCAUAAUCGAGCAUUCCGUAAUGGAGCCGGACAACGAUAACAACGAAUCUAAACACAGUACACCUGAUACUCUACUGAAGCAAGGUGCGGAGGGUAAGCUAUACAUCGGCCGGUACAAUGGAGCUCGCUGUUUGGUGAAGGAACGUUUCUCCAAGAAGUAUCGCCAUCCGGAUCUGGACGUCCAACUAACCCGGCAGCGUAUAAAAGCUGAACAGAAAGCGUUCGAGCGGUGUAAAACUGCCGGUGUGGCAACGCCUAAACUAAUGGGGGUGGACAUGGCAGGGCGGAAGAUUUUUAUGGAAUACCUCGAACAGGCUAGAACUGCCAAGCAGCUGGUGGACGAAGCCGUAACAGAGGGAAAUACUGGAAAGGUCGAGCAACUGGCAAAAGAGAUAGGUAUAAUAGUGGGGCUGCUGCACGGUCACAAUAUAAUCCAUGGCGAUUUGACUACCUCCAACAUGCUGCUGGAUCCGGUUAUACAGGAAGGAUCAGCUACACUGCCUUAUCGGUUGGUAAUGAUUGAUUUUGGCCUGUCUUAUCAUUCAUUGAACGUAGAGGACAUGGGAGUAGAUUUGUACGUGUUAGAGAGGGCUCUGUUGAGUGCACAUAGUGAGGUGCCGGAAUUCUUUGGCUGGGUGCUGGAGAGCUACAAAGAAAAUAAUAAGUUUAAAGUACCGGAGACUAUCGCCAAGUACGAGGAAGUGCGAGCACGAGGAAGAAAGAGAACCAUGAUUGGAUAAACGUAUUGAUUUAAAAUAUAUGUUUGAUUGUGUAUAAAAGGGAAAAAAGUCGUAAGGAUUUAUAAUCCGAAAGCUUAUCAUUUUGGUGUGCAUUGCAAAUUUGUAUGAUGGACUUUUGGUGCGAUGGUUUGUUUUACAAUUUUGUAAUUCCACUAGUUACGAAGUAAAUGCGCUAUUUACAGUAUUUUAAAUUAAAUGAUUGAAAUGUUGUUUUAGUAUAUGAGUUUAUUUGUAUAUUCACAAUUUAAUAUUCGAGUUGUAGAAAAAUAUUGCGCCUAAUGUUCACUGUACAACAUAUUUAAAAAAUCAGCCUUUGAAAUAAGUUAUGUAUU